CCAGUUGUGACAGCACUGACAAGAUGGUGGAUAGUAGAGGAGGAAAGGGGAAACAGAGCUCAUAUGUAUAGUUGUCAGCGUCGAAAUGGCCGAAGGAUUUUAAACUAGCCAACGGUUGCAAGACCGGGAUCAUAUCUAUUGAAUGGCUUUAUGUUUGCGAGACGCAGGACAAAUAUGCUCUUAUCUGGCUGCGUUGAAAGUCUGACCGUGCGGUUGGAUGAAGGACUAGGAGGCUACAGGAGCUAACGAAGUGACCGCGAGUAGUAUCCGAUAGCUAAUCACUGAUAUUAGAUCGUGAAUGUUUUGCGGUCAAAAUAACUUGAAACCGUUCGCCAGUACGGUCCAGCUAACAUCGUCAGCUAGCUAUUUGUAUUCAUGUUGAUUUGUUGUCACUGUGCCGCUAGCUAGCGAGCUAGUUAGGGUACGAUGCUAACGACAAAGCUAACUAGCCAGUUAGCAAGCUAGCUCAUUUUCUCAAGUAAAUAUUCCUUGGAUGAUUUGCUAGUAAACGAUAGUUAUGUUAACAUAGGACAACUAUCGAUGAACUAGCUUGCUAAUACCGCCGAGUCGACAUGUUUUAACUUUGUAGCGAGCUUGUUCGGGAAGGAUUCACAGGACGCCAGACGCCAUCCCCCUCAGACCGACGCCAACCUGCUGCGUUGUGUAUUCUGGGUUGUAAACUAGUGACCAGCUGAAGCUAGUUAGCUGUUCUAGCUGGUCAGACUGUCGACAGGCGACAUGGCUCACUCUCCGGUUCAGAGUAGCCUGCCAGGGAUGCAGAACCCGAAGGCAGACCCAGAGGAGCUAUUCACUAAGUUGGAGAGGAUUGGUAAAGGCUCGUUUGGCGAGGUGUUUAAAGGAAUAGACAAAAGGACUCAGAAGGUGGUGGCCAUUAAGAUCAUUGACCUGGAGGAAGCUGAGGAUGAGAUGGAGGACAUCCAGCAAGAGAUCACUGUGUUGAGUCAGUGUGACAGCCCCUACAUCACCAAGUACUACGGAUCAUACCUGAAGGAGGCCAAGCUGUGGAUCAUUAUGGAGUAUCUAGGGGGAGGCUCAGCAUUAGAUCUGUUGGAGCCGGGGUUGCUGGAUGAGACUCAGAUCGCUACCAUCCUCAGAGAGAUUCUGAAGGGUCUGGAAUACCUCCACUCAGAGAAGAAGAUACACAGAGAUAUCAAAGCUGCCAACGUCCUGCUGUCGGAGCGUGGCGAGGUGAAGCUGGCAGACUUCGGGGUGGCGGGACAGCUAACAGACACCCAGCUCAAACGCAGCACCUUCGUUGGCACGCCCUUCUGGAUGGCUCCAGAGGUCAUCAAACAGUCAGCCUACGACUGUAAGGCAGACAUCUGGUCUCUGGGUAUAACAUGCAUCGAGCUGGCUAAAGGAGAACCCCCACACUCUGAGCUUCACCCUAUGAAAGUGCUGUUCCUUAUCCCAAAGAACACCCCUCCUACUCUGGAGGGGAACUACAGCAAGACCCUCAAGGAGUUUGUGGAGGCCUGUCUGAACAAGGAGCCGAGCUUCAGGCCCACUGCCAAAGAGCUGUUGAAACACAAGCUGAUUGUGCGUCACGCCAAGAAGACGUCGUACCUGACAGAGCUGGUGGAUAAAUACAGGAGGUGGAAGGCUGAGCAGACCAGACAGCAGGCAGAGUCCAGCUCAGACGAGUCUGACUCGGAGCAGGAUGGGCAGGCGUCGGGCGGGAACAACUUUGGGAGUGAUGACUGGAUCUUCACCAUCAGAGAGAAGGAUCCUAAGAGACUGCAGAACGGGGGAGAGGGACAAGCAGUGGAGAGUGGAGGCAUUUCAAGGAGGCUGUAUUCCACCAGCCUGUCCACCAUCAUCGCUCCUUCUCUGGCCGAACUGAAGCAGCGUCAGGAGGCAGUGAAUGGGAACCCCAUGGCUCUAGAUGAACUGAGAGAAGCUAUUCUCCUAGCUGAGGAGGCCUACCCUGGGAUCUCUGACUCCCUGGUCACACAGCUGGUUAACAGACUGCAGAGAUUUUCUUCAUGCAGGAAGUCUUCGUGCUCUUCUCCCUAGUGAUUGGCUCUCUGCCCCAGCCCGCCUCUCCCAGGUCCCACCCCCUGUCUGUGGUCCAGUCAGAGGUUAGAGGUCAGCCUGGAUAACACCAUAGGUUUCUGUCACAUAUUCCUGCUGGAGAACACUGAACACACCAGACGCUUGGUGAUCAACUCCAAGGCCUCUUUUAGUAACUUGAUAAACCUGUGGAGACCAGAGGGGGCAGUAGAGCCCAGUCACUCUGUUAACACUGCUGGAGAAUUAACCCCAAGAGCAAGGAGAAGAUACUGCUUCUCAGAGGAGGACCCAUCAGUAUGGAACCAGUCUGACUGGUACCAGAGGAGGACCCAUCAGUAUGGACCCAGUCUGACUGGUACCAGAGGACCCAUCAGUAUGGACCCAGUCUGACUGGUACCAGAGGAGGACCCAUCAGUAUGGACCCAGUCUGACUGGUACCAGAGGACCCAUCAGUAUGGACCCAGUCUGACUGGUACCAGAGGACCCAUCAGUAUGGACCCAGUCUGACUGGUACCAGAGGAGGACCCAUCAGUAUGGACCCAGUCUGACUGGUACCAGAGGAGGACCCAUCAGUAUGGACCCAGUCUGACUGGUACCAGAGGAGGACCCAUCAGUAUGGACCCAGUCUGACUGGAACCAGAGGACCCAUCAGUAUGGACCCAGUCUGACUGGUACCAGAGGACCCAUCAGUAUGGACCCAGUCUGACUGGAACCAGAGGAGGACCCAUCAGUAUGGACCCAGUCUGACUGGAACCAGAGGAGGACCCAUCAGUAUGGACCCAGUCUGACUGGAACCAGAGGAGGACCCAUCAGUAUGGACCCAGUCUGACUGGUACCAGAGGAGGACCCAUCAGUAUGGACCCAGUCUGACUGGUACCAGAGGAGGACCCAUCAGUAUGGACCCAGUCUGACUGGUACCAGAGGAGGACCCAUCAGUAUGGACCCAGUCUGACUGGUACCAGAGGAGGACCCAUCAGUAUGGACCCAGUCUGACUGGAACCAGAGGAGGACCCAUCAGUAUGGACCCAGUCUGACUGGUACCAGAGGACCCAUCAGUAUGGACCCAGUCUGACUGGUACCAGAGGAGGACCCAUCAGUAUGGACCCAGUCUGACUGGUACCAGAGGACCCAUCAGUAUGGACCCAGUCUGACUGGUACCAGAGUUAACUAACCUGUGUCCUGGUGAUGAGUUUGUCUCUGCAGCAGCUCUCCUGAAGGGGAGAGAAUCAAACGCAACCCCCCCACUACCACCCCAAUUCCCCCCCGCUACCACCCCAACCCCCCCGCUACCA